CAGGGCGUGUUGGAUUGGCCUUGCAGUGAAAGUAGUUAUAGUCUGACGUCCUACCAACAUAUAAAAAGAGUAGAAUCCUUCAUACACGGCACAUUCAGCUUGGACCACUCCUCAUAACAAGUCGAAAAUGAGGACCUUCUUAGUUUGCCUUUUGGCUGUUUCGGCCAUUGCUGGCGAGGUGAAGAAACAUGAAAAGCGCGGUGUCAUCUCCGGAGGAAUCGUUAAUGGAUAUGGUGGCGGAUUUGGACACUCUUCUGGAAUCGGUAUAGGAUCUGGUCUCUACAGCACUGGAGUUAGUUCCGGUUAUGGAUCUGGAUAUGCAUCUGGAAUUGGUUCUGGAUACGGUUCAGGAGUUGGAUUUGGAUCUGGUGUUGGAUACUCUGGUCUAUCUGGAUUUGGAAACGGUGUUGGCGGUGUUGGCGGUGCUGGAGCCAGUGCAUACGCAAGCGCAUCAGUUAGCACCAGUACUCAGCCGAUUCAAGGGCAUGUUGUGAACCACGUUGUGCAGGUUCCUGUCUCUGUUCCACAUCCAGUUCCUGUUACGCGCGUCGUAAAAGUGCCAGUACCUCAUCCAGUUCCUGUCGAAGUCAAGCGACCAGUAGCGGUUCCAUACCCUCAGCCUUAUCCUGUCCAAGUCACCAAGACCUACCCUGUUCACGUGAACCGUCCUGUUCCAGUACCAGUUCCUCAUCCCGUUGAAGUCCGUGUUCCUCACCCAGUUCCAGUCUCUGUUCCACACCCCGUACCUGUUAACAUUCCUCAACCCGUCGCCGUUCCUGUCAGUCUUGGACACGGACAAGUAAUUGGAUCUGGAUUCGGUGGCGUAUCUGCUGAAGCUUUGAAUGGUAUUUCCUAUGGUGGAUCUAUUGGAUCUCAUGGUGCGUCCUUCGGAUCUUCAAUUGGAUCUAUUGGAUCCUAUGGAGGAGCUCUUGAAUCUUAUGGAGGAUCUCAUGGAUCUUACGGAGGAUCUGUUGGAUCCAGCGAUUUGGUUGGACAUGGAGUUUCUCUUGGAUCAGGAAGCUACAGUGGUCUUUCCAUUGGAUCUGGCAGCUAUGGUGGAGUUCAUGGUGUCUCUUUGGGAUCGGGCAGUAUUGGUAACUCAUAUGGCGGAUCCUCUGGUGGAUCUUACGGUGUCCCGUCAGUUUCAUCAGGUGGAUCUUACGGUGUCCCGUCAGUUUCGUCAGGUGGAAGCGACGGAUACUCUUACCCAGUCCCAUCUAAGAAAUUCUAAAUCCGGUCUGCAAUACAGGAGUGGUGAAAGAAGAAGCGCGUGUUUUGUACCUUGCUAAAUAAUAAAACUUUUAUAUUUUGCUAUAAA